UUAUUGUAUUCUUCUUGAACAAGGGUCUUUUGCUUCCUUUGUUGUGAUAUAUAUAUUUUUGGAUGGCUGCUCACUCAGUGUUUGGUUUCUUUUUUAUACUCUGUUAUUUUCUGUUUCUUGUCACAGCUGCAGCUCAAGAGGCAAAGCCUGAGGAGUGUCCAGAGUCUUUUCAGUGUGGACAUGAAGUGGAAUUCUCCUUCCCCGACACUAUAAACCCAAAAUGUAGCUUGCCCAUAAAUGUUUGUGACGACAACAAUCAAAUCAAAGAAAUCCAACUGAAAUACCAACCAACAUAUACAACUUAUAUCAUCUCACCGGACGAGUACAAUUCAAUUUUCACCCAUUACCCCAAUUUUGAAACGCUCAGCUAUGAAGCCAGUGUCGCAAUUCCUCCAGGGCCUACUAUUACGCCUUUUCCGAUCCUUAACAACAUUCCUUUCUCCAAAUGCAUCCAUAUCUCCAAUGACAAGAGAACCCAUACAAACAUCUCCAUGUAUAGAAAAUGUCCUGACUAUGCAUACUUUCCUUCUGAACAUCAUGGUGAUGAUAGCGAGAACCACAUUCUUCCAUAUGCAUGUUUACUUGUUCAGCUUAGAACUGAACAAGUACCCAAUUCCACUUGCCCGUGUCCAUUCUUAAUUUCUUUUCUCGAAAUUGAAUUGGAAAAGUCCGAGUUUUCUGAAGACUGUUGGUUCAAGGCGCCACCUGACAAGAGACGGGAUUUGAAGGCUACGAUAAUCGGUCUUUCAAUUGCGUUGGCAAGCGUGAUUACAAUUGCCUUGUUUGUUAUUCUUUUGAUGUACAAACAAAGACACAAAUCUUCAGGUGUCCAAAACCAACCAAGAAACACUUAUCCUGGUCCCUUCAGCAGAACAACAAACCCAGAAAGUGGAGCUGUCUACUUUGGGGUCCCUGUCUUCUCCUAUGAGGAGCUCCAAGAGGCAACAAACAAUUUUGAUCAAGCUAGAGAGCUUGGAGAAGGAGGCUUUGGGACUGUUUACUACGGAAAGCUUCGAGAUGGACGUGAAGUAGCAGUGAAGCGCCUAUACGAGCGCAACACCAGGCCAGUAGAAUCGUUCAUCAAUGAAAUUCAGAUCCUCACGCGCUUGCGCCACAGAAAUCUUGUAUCUCUCUAUGGCUGCACUUCACGUCACAGUCGUGAGUUACUGCUAGUAUAUGAAUAUAUCCCAAAUGGCACUGUUAGUUGCAAUCUCCAUGGUGAUAAAGCAAAGCCUGGCUUAUUGCCAUGGCCCGUGAGGAUGAAAAUUGCCAUAGAGACUGCUAGUGCAUUGACUUAUCUCCAUGCUUCUGACAUCAUUCACCGAGACGUGAAAACCAGCAACAUUCUCCUGGACAAUAGCUUUUGUGUUAAAGUUGCAGAUUUUGGGCUUUCAAGACUGUUCCCCAAUGAUGUCACACACGUCUCCACAGCUCCACGGGGAACCCCAGGUUAUGUUGACCCAGACUAUCGCAUAUGCUACCAGCUUACAAGCAAGAGCGAUGUAUAUAGCUUUGGAGUUGUUCUUGUUGAGCUAAUAUCGUCUUUGCCAGCAGUUGAUAUGAACAGGGACAAGGAUGAGAUUAAGUUGGCAAAGCUAGCCAUUAGGAAGAUUCAAAAAAGGGCAUUUUGUGAGUUGGUUGAUCCUUCCCUUGGUUUCCAGUCAGAUGACAAAUUAAGAAGGAUGAUUAUUUCAGUGGCAGAAUUGGCUUUCCAGUGUUUGCAAGGGGACAAGGAAUUGAGACCCUCUAUGGGUGAAGUACUGGAGGUGCUGCAGAGAAUCACAAGUGGGAAUGAUGAGCCAGGGAAUCAUGAGGGAAUUGAUGUUCAUGGUGCUAGGAUUUCACAAAGUUAUGUAUACCCGUCACUUCCAAACACUCUGGAGAAGCCACAGCGCCUUCACCAAACACUCUGAUGAAAGGGAUGAUGAGAUUACUUCACCAAAUAUCAGUGGCUAGCCACUUAGUCUUUGAUUUCCAAUAGUUGAUACUUGAUGCUUCUUUAACCACAUUCUACUAUAUAUAGAAAGAAUGAUAAACUCUUGUGAGUUGCAUAUAAUACUAGUG